AUGGAUACUUCAGCAAAUAAUUCAGAAGUUGAAUGUGCUUUUGCUUGUUUACCUAAUAAUUGUAAUGUACAAGAGAGUGCUUUAGUUACUUGUUGUAGUAGAGAAAAAGGACUUAAAGAAAAGAGAAGUCCACCAAAAAAAGAUACAAUAAUUACAAUAAAACAACAACAAGAAACAACAAACCCAAAUUUGUCAAUUACCCCAACAUCUACAGUUGUCAAUAUUGUUGAAUUAGAACAGUCUGGUAGUAAUUAUCGAACAACAGACAACACAUAA